GUGACCUAGCUCUCGGCCCAUCCCUCUCUAUCCCCCGCCGCCGCACCAUUGCUCCGCCUCCGCCACCUAAAUCUCCGGCGAGCGCCGAAGCUCCAGUGACCGUCCUCCUCACCCUCUCCCGGCCGCCGCUAUGAGGCGCUUUCUCACCCAUCUCCACCACCACUCCCACCGCCUCCGCCCAUCCCCACCCCCCUCUCGUAUCCCCACAACCAAGAACAACCUCCCUUUCCUUGUCUCCCGUCGCCUCCUCUCCGACGACGCCUCUCCCCCGGCCGCCGCGCCGUCGCCUCCCCCUCCCUCGGCCGCCACGCCACCGCCUCCCCCUCCUCCGUCCGCCAUCGACGUCCCAAACGAAGAGUUGAAGCGGAGGUUGGAAACUUACUAUAAGGUGGAGGAUGAGUCGGAGCUACCGUCUGUCGCUGUGGCUGUUCUCGAGCGGAAUCUUGCAGAUGCACACAGUGACACCGAUGAUGAACUUAUCGAGGAGCUGCGCGACAGGCCGCUUCCUCAGGUCCAUGAUCGGGACUUUGAGGCUGACUUUGACGAGAUGUAUGAAACUGAUGAGGAGCUUACAGACCUGUACAACGCGAGGCAGUAUGUUGAGAAAAAGAUGAAGGAUGAGUCAUUUAACAUGAAUGAUACCAAGUGGGAUGAGGAGAUCAAGAAAGCAACAGAGAAGGGCCAGCUGAGUAACAUGAAGGAGUGUGAGGAUAUCCUCGAGGACAUGCUCCACUGGGACAAGCUACUACCCGAUGAGAUAAAGCAAAAGGUGGAGGCCAAAUUUAACGAGUUGGGGGACAUGUGUGAGAGGGGGGAGCUUGAACCUGAGCAGGCUUUUGAGCUAUUUAAAGAAUUUGAGGAUAAGAUGGUCUCGGAGUGCACAGAACUGAUGGAAGCAGAGCCGCUGACUGUAAAUGAACUUUCUGAGGCAGAUAAUAAGAGCGUCGAGUUGAAUGAUCCACCUGGUGAGGGACCUGUUCUAAGGUGGGAGUCACGCAUUGUCUUUGCCCCUGGUGGUGAUGCAUGGCAUCCCAAAAAUAGGAAAGUUAAACUCAGUGUAACCGUCAAGGAACUGGGACUUUCACGGCAUGCUUUCCGUCGAUUACGUGAGGUUGUUGGAAAGAGGUAUAAUUCAGGAAAAGAUGAGCUCACAAUAAUCAGUGAAAGGUUUGAUCAUCGAGAAGAGAACAGAAAAGAUUGCUUGAGAACACUGUAUGCUCUAGUGGAAGAUGCGAUGAAAGCCGACGAGUUGGCCAAUGCUGCUAGAAAUGCUUAUGUUAAGGGGAGGCUCCAGGCUAACUCCCAGUUCAUGGACCGGCUGAAGAUGAAGACACAGAAAUUAAGGCAAGCUGCAUAAGCUGCGGAAUGGAGCUUCCGGUUGGAAUAUUUCAUCUCCCUUGUUAUCAAUUAUUAUGGGGACCGUCAUGCUCAAUAUUUGUACGGCUAUCUGCAAUACAUGGAUAAGGAGAAAGAUGUGUCCUGCACUUCAUUUUGCUGCCCUUCUUUGCACUAUUUUGUAGGUUUACUGUAUAUUUUGCUCCUUCCAAAGGAAACUAUUUUAUGAACAUACCAUGCCCGUGCAAACCACUUUGCACAAGCGAUUAGUGAAGAAACUAUUAAUUGUCCCUGAAUAAGAAAGCUACGCCUCGCUGAUUCUAGUAAA